AUGUCUGACCAGCAACAGUCCAUGUCUGACCAGCGACAGUCCAUGUCUGACCAGCGGCAGUCCAUGUCUGACCAGCAACAGUCCAUGUCUGACCAGCGACAGUCCAUGUCUGACCAGCGACAGUCCAUGUCUGACCAGCGACAGUCCAUGUCUGACCAGCGGCAGUCCAUGUCUGACCAGCAACAGUCCAUGUCUGACCAGCGACAGUCCAUGUCUGACCAGCGACAGUCCAUGUCUGACCAGCGACAGUCCAUGUCUGACCAGCGGCAGUCCAUGUCUGACCAGCAACAGUCCAUGUCUGACCAGCGACAGUCCAUGUCUGACCAGCGACAGUCCAUGUCUGACCAGCGACAGUCCAUGUCUGACCAGCGACAGUCCAUGUCUGACCAGCGACAGUCCAUUUUACCUAUAGAAAAACCUGACAACAAACAGCUGAGUAGUCGAAAGAAGAAGACGCAAACAAAUAUAAGACAAGAGACAUUCCAAGACAAUGCAGAUUCAGACAGUGAUGAAGAAGGAGCCCUGGUGUGGAGAUCUCCCCGUCUGCAGAGCCGUGAGGACAGCAGAGCGCAGGAGCUGAUUCCAGAGCCUGAGCUGGAGCAAUGCCCACAGGUACCCAAGACUGAGGACCCUCAUCACUCAGAUGACCAGAACAGCUCAACUGAAGGUGAUCCGGUGGCAGCGGAGCGCGAGGCACCCCAGGAGCAGCUCAUCGAUCAUCCUGCUGAAGAAGCUGGCAUAGAUGGAGACUCUGAUGACUUUGAGAUUGACAGGAAAGCUUUGCAGGAUCGUAUCACCUCUCUCACAGAAGAGAUGGUCCUCAAGGAUCAGUCCUCUGUGGGGGAAAUUACCGAAAUAACCAAAGACUACACCUUAAAGGUCAGUUCUCUUCAGGAGCAGAUGGAGGGGCUGCAGCAGUCCUUGAUAGAUAAAGACAAAAUUAUUACGGCAAAUCAAAGUCUGAUGUCAGACUUUGAGAUUGACAGGAAAGCUUUGCAGGAUCGUAUCACCUCUCUCACAGCAGAGAUGGUCCUCAAGGAUCAGUCCUCUGUGGGGGAAAUUACCGAAAUAACCAAAGACUACACCUUAAAGGUCAGUUCUCUUCAGCAGCAGAUGGAUGGGCUGCAGCAGUCCUUGAUAGAUAAAGACAAAAUUAUUACGACAAAUCAAAGUCUGAUGUCAGACUUUGAGAUUGACAGGAAAGCUUUGCAGGAUCGUAUCACCUCUCUCACAGAAGAGAUGGUCCUCAUGGCUCAGUCCUCUGUGGGGGAAAUUACCGAAAUAACCAAAGACUACACCUUAAAGGUCAGUUCUCUUCAGGAGCAGAUGGAGGGGCUGCAGCAGUCCUUGAUAGAUAAAGACAAAAUUAUUACGACAAAUCAAAGUCUGAUGUCAGACUUUGAGAUUGACAGGAAAGCUUUGCAGGAUCGUAUCACCUCUCUCACAGAAGAGAUGGUCCUCAACGAUCAGUCCUCUGUGGGGGAAAUUACCGAAAUAACCAAAGACUACACCUUAAAGACUUUGAAGAUUGACAGGAAAGCUUUGCAGGAUCGUAUCACCUCUCUCACAGCAGAGAUGGUCCUCAAGGAUCAGUCCUCUGUGGGGGAAAUUACCGAAAUAACCAAAGACUACACCUUAAAGGUCAGUUCUCUUCAGGAGCAGAUGGAGGGGCUGCAGCAGUCCUUGAUCGAUAAAGACAAAAUUAUUACGACAAAUCAAAGUCUGAUGUCAGACUUUGAGAUUGACAGGAAAGCUUUGCAGGAUCGUAUCACCUCUCUCACAGAAGAGAUGGUCCUCAAGGAUCAGACCUCUGUGGGGGAAAUUACCGAAAUAACCAAAGACUACACCUUAAAGGUCAGUUCUCUUCAGGAGCAGAUGGAAGGGCUGCAGCAGUCCUUGAUAGAUAAAGACAAAAUUAUUACGACAAAUCAAAGUCUGAUGUCAGACUUUGAGAUUGACAGGAAAGCUUUGCAGGAUCGUAUCACCUCUCUCACAGAAGAGAUGGUCCUCAACGAUCAGUCCUCUGUGGGGGAAAUUACCGAAAUAACCAAAGACUACACCUUAAAGGUCAGUUCUCUUCAGCAGCAGAUGGAGGGGCUGCAGCAGUCCUUGAUAGAUAAAGACAAAAUUAUUACGACAAAUCAAAGUCUGAUGUCAGACUUUGAGAUCGACAGGAAAGCUUUGCAGGAUCGUAUCACCUCUCUCACAGAAGAGAUGGUCCUCAACGAUCAGUCCUCUGUGGGGGAAAUUACCGAAAUAACCAAAGACUACACCUUAAAGGUCAGUUCUCUUCAGGAGCAGAUGGAGGGGCUGCAGCAGUCCUUGAUAGAUAAAGACAAAAUUAUUACGGCAAAUCAAAGUCUGAUGUCAGACUUUGAGAUCAACAAGAAAGCUUUGCAGGAUCGUAUCACCUCUCUCACGGAAGAGAUGGUCCUUAAGGAUCAGUCCUCUGUGGGGGAAAUUACCGAAAUAACCAAAGACUACACCUUAAAGGUCAGUUCUCUUCAGGAGCAGAUGGAGGGGCUGCAGCAGUCUUUGAUAGAUAAAGACAAAAUUAUUACGACAAAUCAAAGUCUGAUGUCAGACUUUGAGAUCGACAGGAAAGCUUUGCAGGAUCGUAUCACCUCUCUCACAGAAGAGAUGGUCCUCAAGGAUCAGUCCUCUGUGGGGGAAAUUACCAAAAUAACCAAAGACUACACCUUAAAGGUCAGUUCUCUUCAGGAGCAGAUGGAGGGGCUGCAGCAGUCCUUGAUAGAUAAAGACAAAAUUAUUACGACAAAUCAAAGUCUGAUGUCAGACUUUGAGAUUGACAGGAAAGCUUUGCAGGAUCGUAUCACCUCUCUCACAGAAGAGAUGGUCCUCAACGAUCAGUCCUCUGUGGGGGAAAUUAUCGAAAUAACCAAAGACUACACCUUAAAGGUCAGUUCUCUUCAGGAGCAGAUGGAGGGGCUGCAGCAGUCCUUGAUAGAUAAAGACAAAAUUAUUACGACAAAUCAAAGUCUGAUGUCAGACUUUGAGAUCGACAGGAAAGCUUUGCAGGAUCGUAUCACCUCUCUCACAGAAGAGAUGGUCCUCAUGGAUCAGUCCUCUGUGGGGGAAAUUACCGAAAUAACCAAAGACUACACCUUAAAGGUCAGUUCUCUUCAGGAGCAGAUGGAGGGGCUGCAGCAGUCCUUGAUCGAUAAAGACAAAAUUAUUACGACAAAUCAAAGUCUGAUGUCAGACUUUGAGAUCAACAAGAAAGCUUUGCAGGAUCGUAUCACCUCUCUCACAGAAGAGAUGGUCCUUAAGGAUCAGUCCUCUGUGGGGGAAAUUACCGAAAUAACCAAAGACUACACCUUAAAGGUCAGUUCUCUUCAGGAGCAGAUGGAGGGGCUGCAGCAGUCCUUGAUAGAUAAAGACAAAAUUAUUACGACAAAUCAAAGUCUGAUGUCAGACUUUGAGAUCGACAGGAAAGCUUUGCAGGAUCGUAUCACCUCUCUCACAGAAGAGAUGGUCCUCAAGGAUCAGUCCUCUGUGGGGGAAAUUACCAAAAUAACCAAAGACUACACCUUAAAGGUCAGUUCUCUUCAGGAGCAGAUGGAGGGGCUGCAGCAGUCCUUGAUAGAUAAAGACAAAAUUAUUACGACAAAUCAAAGUCUGAUGUCAGACUUUGAGAUUGACAGGAAAGCUUUGCAGGAUCGUAUCACCUCUCUCACAGAAGAGAUGGUCCUCAACGAUCAGUCCUCUGUGGGGGAAAUUAUCGAAAUAACCAAAGACUACACCUUAAAGGUCAGUUCUCUUCAGGAGCAGAUGGAGGGGCUGCAGCAGUCCUUGAUAGAUAAAGACAAAAUUAUUACGACAAAUCAAAGUCUUAUGUCAGACUUUGAGAUUGACAGGAAAGCUUUGCAGGAUCGUAUCACCUCUCUCACAGCAGAGAUGGUCCUCAAGGAUCAGUCCUCUGUGGGGGAAAUUACCGAAAUAACCAAAGACUACACCUUAAAGGUCAGUUCUCUUCAGGAGCAGAUGGAGGGGCUGCAGCAGUCCUUGAUAGAUAAAGACAAAAUUAUUACGACAAAUCAAAGUCUGAUGUCAGACUUUGAGAUUGACAGGAAAGCUUUGCAGGAUCGUAUCACCUCUCUCACAGAAGAGAUGGUCCUCAAGGAUCAGUCCUCUGUGGGGGAAAUUACCGAAAUAACCAAAGACUACACCUUAAAGGUCAGUUCUCUUCAGGAGCAGAUGGAGGGGCUGCAGCAGUCCUUGAUAGAUAAAGACAAAAUUAUUACGACAAAUCAAAGUCUGAUGUCAGACUUUGAGAUUGACAGGAAAGCUUUGCAGGAUCGUAUCACCUCUCUCACAGAAGAGAUGGUCCUCAAGGAUCAGUCCUCUGUGGGGGAAAUUACCGAAAUAACCAAAGACUACACCUUAAAGGUCAGUUCUCUUCAGGAGCAGAUGGAGGGGCUGCAGCAGUCCUUGAUAGAUAAAGACAAAAUUAUUACGACAAAUCAAAGUCUGAUGUCAGACUUUGAGAUCGACAGGAAAGCUUUGCAGGAUCGUAUCACCUCUCUCACAGAAGAGAUGGUCCUCAAGGAUCAGUCCUCUGUGGGGGAAAUUACCGAAAUAACCAAAGACUACACCUUAAAGGUCAGUUCUCUUCAGGAGCAGAUGGAGGGGCUGCAGCAGUCCUUGAUAGAUAAAGACAAAAUUAUUACGACAAAUCAAAGUCUGAUGUCAGACUUUGAGAUCGACAGGAAAGCUUUGCAGGAUCGUAUCACCUCUCUCACAGCAGAGAUGGUCCUCAAGGAUCAGUCCUCUGUGGGGGAAAUUACCGAAAUAACCAAAGACUACACCUUAAAGGUCAGUUCUCUUCAGGAGCAGAUGGAGGGGCUGCAGCAGUCCUUGAUAGAUAAAGACAAAAUUAUUACGACAAAUCAAAGUCUGAUGUCAGACUUUGAGAUCGACAGGAAAGCUUUGCAGGAUCGUAUCACCUCUCUCACAGAAGAGAUGGUCCUCAAGGAUCAGUCCUCUGUGUGGGAAAUUACCGAAAUAACCAAAGACUACACCUUAAAGGUCAGUUCUCUUCAGGAGCAGAUGGAGGGGCUGCAGCAGUCCUUGAUCGAUAAAGACAAAAUUAUUACGACAAAUCAAAGUCUGAUGUCAGACUUUGAGAUUGACAGGAAAGCUUUGCAGGAUCGUAUCACCUCUCUCACAGAAGAGAUGGUCCUCAACGAUCAGUCCUCUGUGGGGGAAAUUACCGAAAUAACCAAAGACUACACCUUAAAGGUCAGUUCUCUUCAGGAGCAGAUGGAGGGGCUGCAGCAGUCCUUGAUAGAUAAAGACAAAAUUAUUACGACAAAUCAAAGUCUGAUGUCAGACUUUGAGAUCAACAAGAAAGCUUUGCAGGAUCGUAUCACCUCUCUCACAGAAGAGAUGGUCCUCAAGGAUCAGUCCUCUGUGGGGGAAAUUACCGAAAUAACCAAAGACUACACCUUAAAGGUCAGUUCUCUUCAGGAGCAGAUGGAGGGGCUGCAGCAGUCCUUGAUAGAUAAAGACAAAAUUAUUACGACAAAUCAAAGUCUGAUGUCAGACUUUGAGAUCGACAGGAAAGCUUUGCAGGAUCGUAUCACCUCUCUCACAGAAGAGAUGGUCCUCAUGGAUCAGUCCUCUGUGGGGGAAAUUACCGAAAUAACCAAAGACUACACCUUAAAGGUCAGUUCUCUUCAGGAGCAGAUGGAGGGGCUGCAGCAGUCCUUGAUCGAUAAAGACAAAAUUAUUACGACAAAUCAAAGUCUGAUGUCAGACUUUGAGAUUGACAGGAAAGCUUUGCAGGAUCGUAUCACCUCUCUCACAGAAGAGAUGGUCCUCAAGGAUCAGACCUCUGUGGGGGAAAUUACCGAAAUAACCAAAGACUACACCUUAAAGGUCAGUUCUCUUCAGCAGCAGAUGGAGGGGCUGCAGCAGUCCUUGAUAGAUAAAGACAAAAUUAUUACGACAAAUCAAAGUCUGAUGUCAGACUUUGAGAUUGACAGGAAAGCUUUGCAGGAUCGUAUCACCUCUCUCACAGAAGAGAUGGUCCUCAACGAUCAGUCCUCUGUGGGGGAAAUUACCGAAAUAACCAAAGACUACACCUUAAAGGUCAGUUCUCUUCAGGAGCAGAUGGAGGGGCUGCAGCAGUCCUUGAUAGAUAAAGACAAAAUUAUUACGACAAAUCAAAGUCUGAUGUCAGACUUUGAGAUCGACAGAAAAGCUUUGCAGGAUCGUAUCACCUCUCUCACAGCAGAGAUGGUCCUCAAGGAUCAGUCCUCUGUGGGGGAAAUUACCGAAAUAACCAAAGACUACACCUUAAAGGUCAGUUCUCUUCAGGAGCAGAUGGAGGGGCUGCAGCAGUCCUUGAUAGAUAAAGACAAAAUUAUUACGACAAAUCAAAGUCUGAUGUCAGACUUUGAGAUUGACAGGAAAGCUUUGCAGGAUCGUAUCACCUCUCUCACAGAAGAGAUGGUCCUCAACGAUCAGUCCUCUGUGGGGGAAAUUACCGAAAUAACCAAAGACUACACCUUAAAGGAUCGUAUCACCUCUCUCACAGAAGAGAUGGUCCUCAAGGAUCAGUCCUCUGUGGGGGAAAUUACCGAAAUAACCAAAGACUACACCUUAAAGGUCAGUUCUCUUCAGGAGCAGAUGGAGGGGCUGCAGCAGUCCUUGAUAGAUAAAGACAAAAUUAUUACGACAAAUCAAAGUCUGAUGUCAGACUUUGAGAUUGACAGGAAAGCUUUGCAGGAUCGUAUCACCUCUCUCACAGAAGAGAUGGUCCUCAAGGAUCAGUCCUCUGUGGGGGAAAUUACCGAAAUAACCAAAGACUACACCUUAAAGGUCAGUUCUCUUCAGGAGCAGAUGGAGGGGCUGCAGCAGUCCUUGAUAGAUAAAGACAAAAUUAUUACGACAAAUCAAAGUCUGAUGUCAGACUUUGAGAUUGACAGGAAAGCUUUGCAGGAUCGUAUCACCUCUCUCACAGAAGAGAUGGUCCUCAACGAUCAGUCCUCUGUGGGGGAAAUUACCGAAAUAACCAAAGACUACACCUUAAAGGUCAGUUCUCUUCAGGAGCAGAUGGAGGGGCUGCAGCAGUCCUUGAUAGAUAAAGACAACAUUAUUACGACAAAUCAAAGUCUGAUGUCAGACUUUGAGAUUGACAGGAAAGCUUUGCAGGAUCGUAUCACCUCUCUCACAGAAGAGAUGGUCCUCAAGGAUCAGACCUCUGUGGGGGAAAUUACCGAAAUAACCAAAGACUACACCUUAAAGGUCAGUUCUCUUCAGCAGCAGAUGGAGGGGCUGCAGCAGUCCUUGAUAGAUAAAGACAAAAUUAUUACGACAAAUCAAAGUCUGAUGUCAGACUUUGAGAUUGACAGGAAAGCUUUGCAGGAUCGUAUCACCUCUCUCACAGAAGAGAUGGUCCUCAACGAUCAGUCCUCUGUGGGGGAAAUUACCGAAAUAACCAAAGACUACACCUUAAAGGUCAGUUAUCUUCAGGAGCAGAUGGAGGGGCUGCAGCAGUCCUUGAUAGAUAAAGACAAAAUUAUUACGACAAAUCAAAGUCUGAUGUCAGACUUUGAGAUCGACAGAAAAGCUUUGCAGGAUCGUAUCACCUCUCUUACAGCAGAGAUGGUCCUCAAGGAUCAGUCCUCUGUGGGGGAAAUUACCGAAAUAACCAAAGACUACACCUUAAAGGUCAGUUCUCUUCAGGAGCAGAUGGAGGGGCUGCAGCAGUCCUUGAUAGAUAAAGACAAAAUUAUUACGACAAAUCAAAGUCUGAUGUCAGACUUUGAGAUCGACAGAAAAGCUUUGCAGGAUCGUAUCACCUCUCUCACAGCAGAGAUGGUCCUCAAGGAUCAGUCCUCUGUGGGGGAAAUUACCGAAAUAACCAAAGACUACACCUUAAAGGUCAGUUCUCUUCAGGAGCAGAUGGAGGGGCUGCAGCAGUCCUUGAUAGAUAAAGACAAAAUUAUUACGACAAAUCAAAGUCUGAUGUCAGACUUUGAGAUCGACAGGAAAGCUUUGCAGGAUCGUAUCACCUCUCUCACAGCAGAGAUGGUCCUCAAGGAUCAGUCCUCUGUGGGGGAAAUUACCGAAAUAACCAAAGACUACACCUUAAAGGUCAGUUCUCUUCAGGAGCAGAUGGAGGGGCUGCAGCAGUCCUUGAUAGAUAAAGACAAAAUUAUUACGACAAAUCAAAGUCUGAUGUCAGACUUUGAGAUCGACAGGAAAGCUUUGCAGGAUCGUAUCACCUCUCUCACAGCAGAGAUGGUCCUCAAGGAUCAGUCCUCUGUGGGGGAAAUUACCGAAAUAACCAAAGACUACACCUUAAAGGUCAGUUCUCUUCAGGAGCAGAUGGAGGGGCUGCAGCAGUCCUUGAUCGAUAAAGACAAAAUUAUUACGACAAAUCAAAGUCUGAUGUCAGACUUUGAGAUUGACAGGAAAGCUUUGCAGGAUCGUAUCACCUCUCUCACAGAAGAGAUGGUCCUCAAGGAUCAGACCUCUGUGGGGGAAAUUACCGAAAUAACCAAAGACUACACCUUAAAGGUCAGUUCUCUUCAGCAGCAGAUGGAGGGGCUGCAGCAGUCCUUGAUAGAUAAAGACAAAAUUAUUACGACAAAUCAAAGUCUGAUGUCAGACUUUGAGAUUGACAGGAAAGCUUUGCGGGACCGUAUCACCUCUCUCACAGCAGAGAUGGUUUUCAAGGAUCAGUCAUACCAGGAGGAAAAGACCAAGAAGGAUCUGGAAAAUGAGUCUUUCUUUGAUGCCCUGGACUUUGUUUCUGAGGAGAAAGAUGUGGAAACAUCUGCUUACAGAACAAUAGGCAAAUAUCUCAUCAGGGGACUCAUCGGGUUGAGUGCAGUGACUGUGUCUGCCACCGGGGGCUUCCUUCUCGGCCGUUCGGUCUGGAGUGAAGAUGCGUGCUGUUACUGUGGCUUUGAUGAGACUCCUGCUUACUUCUAA